AUGGCGGCGCCCGGGGAGGAGGAGGCGGCGGCGGAGGGCGGCGGCGGGGGGGGGGAAGGGGGCGACGAGGAGGCGCUGAGGCGGCUGGAGGCCCUGGUGACGCAGCUCUAUCGCUUCCGGGACGCGCUGCCCGCCCGCGGCCCCGCCCACGGCCCCGCCCACGGCCCCGAUGGCCCCGCCCACGACCCCGCCCGUGACCCCGCCCGUGACCCCGCUGGUGACCCCGCCGGUGACCCCGGUGACGCCCUGGUGGCCGAGAUGGAGCGCACGCUGCGCCUGAUGGAGCAGAUCCAGGUGUCCCCCGAGGGGCGUGGCCGGGCGCUGGUGCUGCGGGCGCGGGCGCUGGGCGUGGCCCCCGAGGCGGGCGGGGCGCGGGCGGAGCAGGCGCUGGGCCACGCCCUGAAGCUGGACCCCGCCCUGGGCGUGGCCUGGCGGCAGCUGGGCGAGCAGCGCUGGCGCCGCGGCGACCUCCGGGGCGCCCGCGAGGCCUUCGGGGGCGCCCUGCAGCAGGGCGAGGACCCCGAGGCGCGCCGCCUGCUCUCCAUGGCCCUGCGCGCGCAGGGGGCGGGGCCGGGCCCGCGGGGGGAGGGGCCCGGCGCCGGGGGGGCGGGCCCGGGCCCGGGGGGCGGGGCCCUGCGCGAGAGCCUGGCGCAGGCGGAGGCGGCCGUCAGGUGCGACCCGCGGGACGGCCGCUCCUGGUACGUGCUGGGCAACGCCCACGUCUCGCUGUUCUUCGCGGGGGGGCAGAGCCCCGGCAGCGCCCGGCGCGCGCUCGCGGCCUACGCCCAGGCGGAGCGCGUGGACCCCGCGGCCGCCGCUGACCCCGACCUGCACCUGAACCGCGCCACGCUGCUGCAGUUCCUGGAGCGGUUCCAGGGGGCGCUGGAGGGGCUGAGCCGCGCGGCCGAGCUGGCGCCGGGCUGGGACGAGCCCCGGCGGCGGCACCGCGGCCUGCUCGACUUCCUGAGCCGGCUGUGCGCGCUGCUGGAGAGCAGGGGGAAGCUGCGCGGGAAGCGGCGCCGGGGCGUGGCCGGGCCGGUGCCCCUCCCCCUGCUGGGCCCGCUGGGCGGGGCCGGGGGGCCACGCCCCUCCCCCAUCGCGGCGCUGCGGCCCGGGCCCAACCCCCAGCGCGUGGUGCUGGGCAGGGUCCUGUUCAGCCUGGCCCCGCCCGGGGGCGUGCCCUACACGGUGGGGCUGCAGGACGGGGGCGGGGCCGUGGCCGCGGUCACCGUGUACAACGCCACGCCCACCUGGGGCGUGACCGUGGGCGACGCCCUGGGCGUGGCCGAGCCCGAGCUGAGCCAGCACCUGCACCAGCACCAGGGACAGACCUUCUCCUUCCUGGGGCUCCGCGUCUCCUCCCCGCUCUCCCUCGUGGUCAACGGGCGCCGCCCCCCCGGCUCCGCCCUGGCCCCGCCCCGCCUGGCGCUGUCCAAUCCCAGCGCGCCGCCGCCGCCGCAGGAGGCCACGCCCCCCGCCGCGCGCUGACCACGCCCACCCCGCCCCGGGGGCGGCGGGGGGAGGGGCCGGGGCGGAUUCGGGGCAAUAAACGGAAAUUUUGGGAAAGAAA